CUUGUCUUAUUUGUUAUUAUUAUUGUCGUCGUCAUCCAUUAUCGCGACUACAAAAUUUAAAUUGUCCGCGGCGGGCAGCCUGCUUAAAAUUCGACUACUCGAGGUUGGUAUCGAUUUGUCUUUGAUGCUUGGUCGGAAGGUUUUAGCAGAAGAAAACGGACGAGCUCCUAACAAUAAAUUUAUCAUUUUGUGUCAAACUAACCUAUAAAUAUACUGUGGUGUGUUUGUGUUGUGCUCUUUAAGUCGCAUCGCCAGGCAUCGCAUAUAUACUUAACAUGAAUAAAAUCCAAUCCUGAAGUAAGUAGUAAAAGAUGAAUAAAUAUUUUAAGAACGAGAAAAAUACAACAAAGUUUUGGCAAUAGGUAUCAAAGUGGAUUUUCGCAGAGCAAUUAAGCUUGUACUGGCUUAAAGCAUAAAAACAAUCAUGGAUCACUAUAUUAUGCAAUUGAGGAAAGGCUGGGCCCACCAGGAUGGCAACUAUUUAGCUACUCUUUUGUCUUUACGUUUAUAUGGACAUUUGCGUACUAGUGCUGAGAUGUACAUGAAAAAGGCAGUGGAAGUGUUACCCUCACCAUUUGAUGAUCUUGUAUACCACCACUUCAAAACUCUGGCAUCUAUGAAUGGAAAUGACAUAUCAAUGGUUUACUUGCAUCACAGUGCUUCAGUUCAAACUUUGGUGAGGAUCUUACAAAACCAGAAAGAAGAGAAUUGGAUGCUGCCAGUUAUGAACAUCAUGUGUUUAGAGUUGAGACUACUAGCCAUGAAGACAGAAAAGUCCAAGAGAAAUAAGAAUCUCAAGCCUGGUGAGAAUUUGGAAAAAUGUGCCGAGUGUCUUAUGAGUUGCUUCAGAAUUUGUGCUGCUGACAAUCGUAGCUCCGAAGACGACACAAAAAGAUGGGGCAUGCUGUCUCUCGUCAAUCAAUUGCUCAAGGUAUACUUCAGGAUAAAUAAGCUGCAUUUGUGUAAGCCUCUUAUCAGAGCGAUUGAAUCUUCAGUGUACAAAGAUCAUUUUUCUCUGGCUCAACAAAUAACCUACAAGUUUUUUGUUGGACGCAAAGCCAUGUUUGACAGUGACUACAAAUCUGCUGAUCAGUAUCUGACUUAUGCAUUUCAACACUGUCACAAAAAAUCGAAAAAAAAUAAGCGGCUAAUACUUAUGUAUCUAAUACCUGUCAAGAUGCUACUUGGUUACAUGCCUCAACAAAAACUUUUGAGGAAAUAUAAUUUGAUGGAAUUCAGUGAUUUGAUCGAGGCUGUAAAGAAAGGUGAUUUGCAUAGUUUGGAAAAUGUAAUGUGCAGGCAGGAAACGUUUCUUAUUAAUGCUGGAAUAUAUCUGAUUGUUGAGAAACUUAAGUUGAUAGCUUAUCGUAAUUUAUUCAAAAAAGUUUAUUUAGUGUUGAAUACUCACCAGAUAGAAAUAAAAAGUCUCCUUUGUGCUCUCAAAUUGUAUGGACAGAACGAUAUAGAUAUGGACGAAACUGAAUGUUUAGUAGCUAAUCUUAUCAAUGAUGGCAAAAUCAAAGGUUACAUUUCUCAUCAGCAUAAAAAAUUAGUUAUUUCUAAGCAAAAUCCAUUCCCAAGAUUAUCCUCGUUGGUGUAAGCAACUCGAUGAAUUUAAUUGUAAAAUGUAACAUUGUAACGUAUAUUCAGAGUAUGAAGUAAGAAUUGAAAAUUUGAAAACUGUAAAAUAUUUUUCUCAAUAAACCCGCUACAAGGUCUAUCUAAAGUAGUCUUACUAAUGAGCGUUCCUAAUU